AUGACCUCCGAGACCUACCUCGUCACGGGGGGCUGCGGCUUCCUGGGCAGCCACAUCGUCGAGAAGCUCCGCGCGGCGUACCUGGACGCCCGCGUCGCCGUCUUCUCGCGCAACCCGACGACGAACCUGUUCCCGGGCGUGACGUACCACGCGGGCGACAUCACGUCGCCGGACGACGUCGCGCGAACCUUCAAGGAGGUGAGGCCGACCGUCGUCUUCCACUGCGCGGGCAUGAUGACGGUCGGCCGCAGGAUCAUGACGGACGAAUUCGUCCGGGCGAUCAAUGUCGACGGCACGAGGCACGUGCUGGACGAGAGCAAGAGGACCGGCGUCAGGGCCUUUGUGACGACGAGCAGUGCGAGCGUGGUGCAGAAGGAAAUGUUCCGGGACAUCAACGGAGCCGACGAGACCUGGCCCAUCGCCGAGGAGGGGGAUGCCACGCUGGCCUAUCCCAUAACCAAGGCCGCCUCGGAAAGGAUGACGCUGGAAUACGACGACCCGGCCGGCAUGCGCACCUGCGCCCUCCGCCCGGCCUUCUGCCACGGCGAGCGCGACAACGACAUCACGCCCGCCACCGUCCGCGCGCUCCGCAUGGGCCGCAACACGCUCCAGAUCGGCCAUAACACGAACCUCUUCAGCGCGACCUACGCCGGCAACGCGGCCGACGCGCACCUUGCCGCCGCGGGCAAGCUCCUCUCCCCCUCGCCCGAGGGGGUCGCGGGCGAGGCCUUUUUCGUCACCAACGGCGCGCCGCGGCCGUUCUGGGACUUCAGCCGCGCCGCCUGGCGCGCCGCCGGGGACACGACGCGGCCCGAGGACGUCCGGGUCGUCAGCGCGACGUUCGCGCUGGCGUACGUCUGGGCGCUCGAGUGGAUCUACUGGUUCCGGGGCGAGGUGCCGCCCGUGACGAGGCAGGUUGUGCGGUUCUCCGUCAUGAGCCGGUGGUACGUCAUCGAUAAGGCCAGGGAGCGGCUCGGGUGGGAGCCCGCGGUCAGCGAGGAGGAGGGGAUCAGGAGGGCCGUGGAGUGGUAUCUGGAGAAGGAGAAGAGAGAGGCCGUCGAAGGGGGUUCGUGA